CUAACGAGAACUAUAAAGGAUUAGAGAUUAUUUUCAAGAUGUCUGCGCCCAUGUUGAGUUUUACGGCAAGAAUUUGUUCAAAUUGGAUAACAAGACCGUUAAUAAGACGACAUGGCUGGUUGUAUCAAUUGGACAGAAACAAAACUACAAUUGAAAAAGGGAUAUCGAAAUCAAAAGAAAAUCAUGAUCCAGCUACUUUUGUGAAUGAUUCACUCCCAGAUGGAGGUAAAACAGAAAGUAUCAACAGUUUACAGAAGGAUGAAAGAUCCAAAACUGUCCCUCAGGGUGCAUGUUCUACUGGCACAGCUGAGGUUCAAAAAGUUCUACACAUUUGGAGAGUUUUAAAUAAUGUUUCAAAAGAAAAAUUGAUGAAGAUAUUCCCUAGUGCAGCUGAUAUACAUUUUCAGCCAUUAGAUGUGGAAGGGAAGAUGUUAAAAACUGCUUUUGUAAAGUUUGACACAGAAUCACAAUUACAAGAAGCUCAGAAGAUACAAAAAAGACAUGGUAAAAUCAUUAUUGAUGGUUUUCGAUCCAAUAUAAAAGUUUUAGACUUAAGCCAGCACCAAACAGAAUCUCUGAUGCAAGCAGUGCAAUUAGAGAAGGAAAAGUCAAAGAGAAUUGGUGUUGAGAAAACAAAUACCAGAAAAGGGAAUUUAUCAAAGUUUGAACAAAUCCAGAAAUCCCGGUCUGAAGAAGCUAGUCGUUCGGUUUUGAUCAAGGUCAAAGGGAAAUCUGAUGUCUCUUACCUGUUAGAGGAGUUCAAGGUCAAGAAUAUUCCAGUCAAGUGUGCAUGUUACUCAGUACCAGAUCAUUUACUAGUAGAAUUUAAAGACAGAGAUUGCAUAGAAAAGUUAUUUAGAAAUGUUGGACAUUUCCGUGGCAAUGCAUUCAGUAAAAUUCCAGUUAGAGUUCGAACAAGAUAUUUAUUCAAAGAAGAACAUGGAAAAACUACAUUGAUGGAAGAAAACAGAUUAGACAGUCAAUCAGUGAACAUUUUUAAACCAAACAAAUUUGAUUUGGGAGCAUUAAAACAAAAUACACAGCUAUCAGAAGGAAUAAAUUUAUUAUGGAAUAAUGUGAAAUUAACAGAAUAUGAUAUUAGACUCCAAUACUUCAUAGCAUCUACUUUAAAAGAAAUGUUGUCCAAUAUGUUUCCACAUUGUAAUGCUUCCUUAUUUGGAUCUUGUGUAAAUGGUUUCGGAAAUACAGGCUGUGAUUUAGAUAUUAAUUUAGACUUGAAACAGAAGUCAGCUGACAAUGAAGAAGCUCAUCUAUUAAAAUUUUUAACUAACCAGCGAUUUAACAGUGAACGGGAAUGGCAGCAACAUCUCCUAGAUAUAAUUGGUAAUAUGGUAUGGGUAUUCAUACCAAGUAGUGGAAAAAUUAAUAAAAUUCUGAAUGCAAGGGUUCCUAUUGUAAAAUUUCAACAUAAUAACACCAGCAGAGAAUGUGACAUCUCACUUAAUGGAAUGUCUGGUGUAAAAAUGGCUGAAUUGAUGUUCACUUUUGGAGAAUUAUGUCCAGAAAUUCGACAGUUAGUAACAGUGAUUAAACAAUGGGCCAGUGCAAAGGGUGUAACAAAAGAGUCUCAGCCUGGCCCAUGGAUGUCAAACUUUAUGCUCAUCAUGAUAACAGCGUUUUAUCUGCAGAACAGAAAACUGUUACCAUCUUUUAAACAGAUGCAAGAAGUAGCAGUUGAGACAGAACGAUACAUAGAAGAUGGACAUGAUUAUUCCUUUUCUACAAAUGUUGAUCUUUUAAAAAAGAAAUACCUAUCCCAUUUAAGUGUAUGUCAAACAAACCUGGAAGGAUCUGUUCCCGAUGUUGGUACUUUACUUCAAGAUUUCUUCAAAUUCUAUUCUGAUUUUGACUUUGAGAAAUAUUCUAUAUCAGUUGUGGAAGGAGUUCCUGUGGAGAAGAAAACUUUCAAUGCAUUAGUCAUAGAAAAUCCUCUGGAUGUUGAACAUAACGUUAGCAGGAAUGUAAAUGUUCAAAGUGUCAAUAAACUUGUUCAAGAAAUACAAGAAGCACAUGAAAUCAUUGGUGGUAGCUCACCGAUGCUGUAUGAUUUGUUGGAAAGGAAAAUAAAACAUGUCAAAUCAAAUUCAUUUAGCAUUUCAUCACUUUUUAAAGACAGUGACGUUACACAAGAAAUAGUAAAUCAGGAUGAUGUGGAAGGGAUUGACGUUACACAAGUAACAGUAAAUCAGGAUGAUCUGGAAGGGAUUAUAGACAAUAUGCCAUCAACAAAGGUGACUUUGCCAACAGAAGCAAGUAGUAAAGAUGGACAGUCUAAGGAAGACAAAGAUUUAUUAAGCUAGCAUUCAUAAUUAAAAUCAUGUGUUAUAAUGAAUA